GCACGCUGUGUGGUUUGUGAAUAAACAUCAUGCGCUUUUUGUCAAAUCGGAUUUAAAAAUAGGAGACAAGAUGUGCUAAGCAACAGCUACCUCUUGCUGCCGUAUAUUCCCUUUUAUUUUAUCCUCCUCCACACCGUGUCCCACUGGACACCCUGUGGGAGGGACUACCGUGUGCAUCACCCACGGGGAAUACGAAUGACCUCUUAAUUGAGGAAAAACGAUGAAACCUUACUUUUAGCCUGCAUGGAGGCCUAAUUACAUGCUGUCCUUUCUGUCCCCGCGCGUGGAAUAGCUGUGUGUCCCGAGUCGGUAUUUGAAUUGAACGGCAGCUGGCACUUGCAGCAACAGUGCGAUGGCCAGCCCCGACGUGAUCGAGCCGGCGGCUCAGAGCUCGACGGCCCAGAACCUGGCCAGAAGGCGCUUUUCUCACGACGUUCAUGGCAUUUCUGCAGACGAGAUAGAUGGCCUCAUGUCCAGCAGUGACGGGCGCCCUUUCCUUGUGGUGCAUCAUCUUCCUGACAUAAAAGACGAGGCUAUACCUUUCUUAAUGCCUGGUAUACCUAUUACAUGCAGAGUGGACAACACAGAGAAAUACACUACUCGCUCAAAGGUCCAUGUAGGCACCCUGUACACAGUGCAGCUGACACAUGGCUGCUUCCACUGGGUAGUGAAGAGGAAGUACAAGCACUUCCAAGAGCUGCAUCGAGACCUUUACAAGCACAAGAUGAUACUUCACUUGAUACCUCUGGGAAGAUUUGCAAAGGACAGGCAGCAGCUGAGAGCCAUGUCAGAGGAAAUGCCCAGCCUACACGGGACUGAACGGACCAGGAGGACCUCCAGCAAAAUGAAAUACCUUGAGGAGUACCUGAAUGGUCUGCUGGAGAACACAUUUUGUAGGAAUGACCACAGCAUGCUGGAAUUCCUCUCCGUCGGUGCUCUCUCCUUCGUCACGGACCUCGGUCCCAAAGGCUUGGAGGGACCCAUCUUCAAGAGGUCGGGGGGUCACCGGAUCCAAGGCCUCAACUGCAUUGGCCAUCAUCAGCUCUGUUUCCGCUGGUCCCGGCGCUGGCUGGUGGUGAAAGACUCCUUUCUGUUGUAUAUGGACCGAGACAACGGCAGCAUCAACUUUGUGUUGCUGUUUGACCCGGAGUUCAAAGUGAAAGUGGGCCGUGCUCACACAGACACCACAUAUGGAGUCUGCAUUGAGAACUUCACUCGGAGUCUGGUCAUCAAAUGCAGCAGCUAUCGACAGACUCAUUGGUGGAGUCAUGAAAUCAACCGGCUGGCAGACACCUCCGACUUUCUCAAAGUGCAACGCUUCCAGGGGUUCGCUCCGCCACGGGAGAACACGCUCACUAAAUGGUAUGUGAAUGGAAGUGGCUACUUUGCAGACCUGGCUGAUGCUCUCGAACAAGCCAAGGAGGAAAUCUUCAUCACAGAUUGGUGGCUCAGCCCUGAAGUCUUCCUAAAGAGACCAGCCACUGAUAACUACUGGCGCCUGGAUGAGAUACUCAAACGCAAAGCAGAACAAGGAGUCAAAGUGUGUGUUAUGCUGUACAAAGAGAUGGAGAUGGCCCUUGGCAUCAAUAGUGAGCACAGCAAGAGGACUCUUAUGAACAUGCACCCAAACAUCAAGGUGAUGCGACAUCCUGACCACGUGUCCUCUGUGGUGUUGAUGUGGGCUCACCACGAAAAGACCGUGGCCAUUGACCAAACAGUCGCCUUUGUGGGGGGAAUUGACCUGGCGUUUGGGAGGUGGGAUGACAGCCAGUACCAGCUGACUGACCUGGGUUUGAGGGAGACGGCCAACAGUGUAAGCGAGGAGGAGCCCAAAGGAGAUGCAGUCGAUAAUGGUGUGUCUGGUGGUCCAAAACCAGCUGAACCAGAUAAGCAAGCAGAGCAGGACCCUGAUGACCUGACUGGCAACACUAAACUGUGGCUUGGCAAAGACUACAGCAACUUUAUCAAGAAAGAUUGGGUCCAACUGGACAGACCAUUUGAAGAUAACAUCGACCGUACCCAGGUUCCCCGCAUGCCGUGGCGUGAUUUUUCUGCAGCUGUUCAUGGCAGAGCUGCCAGGGAUGUAGCCCGCCACUUCAUCCAGCGCUGGAACUUCUCCAAGAUCUUCAAAAACAAGUACAAGGACGAGUUCUAUCCUUACCUUCUUCCCAAGUCUCACUGCACUGCUGACUCGCUCUCAUUCACGGUGCCCGGAUCCAGCAAGGCCAAAGUGCAGGUGUUGCGCUCAGCCGACCGCUGGUCGACUGGAACCAAUGAGAACUCGAUCCUCAACGCCUACAUCCACACCAUCGAGAACAGCGAGCACUACAUCUACAUCGAGAACCAGUUCUUCAUCAGCUGUGUGGAUGAUGGGAAGACCGUCUAUAAUGGGAUCGGGGAUGCAAUUGUGAAUCGAAUCUUGCGUGCACACAGAGAGCAGAAGAAGUACAGGGUGUUUGUGGUGGUUCCUUUGCUUCCUGGAUUUGAGGGAGACAUCAAUUUGGGAGGUGGAAAUGCCAUCCAAGCUAUUCUGCACUUCACUUACAGGACCAUGUGCCGAGGCGAGCACUCUAUUCUCUCAAGACUUAAGGAAGUUGAGGACCUGUGGACAGAGUACAUCACACUCUGCGGCCUGAGAAAACAUUCCCAGCUCUGCCAGUCGCUUGUCACAGAGCUCAUCUAUGUUCACAGCAAGACCAUCAUUGCUGAUGACCGCUGCUAUAUCAUUGGAUCAGCCAACAUCAAUGACCGCAGCAUGCUGGGCAACAGAGAUAGUGAGAUGGCAGUGUUUGUGGAAGAUGAAGAUCGGGUCCUUUCCGUCAUGGGAGGGCAGGAGUACCAGGCAGGACCCCUCACACUCGCUCUGCGUAAAGAGUGUUUCAGAGUUCUUGUUGGAGCUUCUUCAGACCCCAGUGUCAAUGUUGACGAUCCAAUCAGCGAUGAAUUCUUCUUCUUGGGCUGGAAUGCACCUGCUAAACUGAAUGCCACCAUAUACGACAAGGUCUUCAAAUGCCUGCCCGACAACGCUGUCCACAACAUGCGACAGCUGAAGGAAUACGCCAGCGAGGAACGCCUCUGCGACACAGAUCCUGAGCAGGCCAGAGAGGAGCUAAAGGCCGUCCGAGGGCUGCUGGUCCACUUCCCGCUGAAGUUCCUGUGCGAGGAGAACCUGCUGCCUCCACUGAACACUAAAGAAGGCAUGGCUCCGGUGGGGCUGUGGACAUAACUGCAGCUGAGCUCAGAUCAGACCACUACGUAACAGCUAAGGGGCUGCUGCACCACAUGCUCCCUGUAGUCUCUAAUGUUUAGCACAAUAACCUUAAAUAGUUCCAACACUGACGCUGCAAUGGUGAGGAAAGACAUCGCCUCAACACAUUGUCUCUUUGACUGACGAUGAAUUCGAACAUAACCACUGACAUGUAGAUUUUUCAUCAUGAUUUAGAGCAGUAGCUUAACCUGAACUGGACAGUUUGUUUGUGAUGAGCGCGUCUGCUGCAUAACUUGCACUACAGUGCAAUCUGAUCUGCAGGGCUGGCAGUGGUGUUAGACACACACAAAUGAAUGUAUGAGUCAGGAGAGGAUUGCGAGGUUGUAUUGGAAAUUAAGCAUUCUCACAUGAUCUGGGAACAUAGUGUACAUUUAUUGGUGCAAGGUUUUUGGGUGGGUGGGUGUCUCUGUCUCUCUCUCUCUCUCUCUCUCUCUAUCGCACUCCCUCUCUCCCUCUGAGGCUUCACCUCUCACUGCAGUGCCAGCAAAUCUGUCAGAACAUUUGUGGUUGUUAUGGUGACGGAUAUAAAGAGAUGACUGGAUGGUAGCUGAGACAAAAAACUGGAGAGGGCAGAAAAGGGAGAGUAUCGAUAAGAGGGAUAACUUACUACAUCAGGGUGUUGUUUCCAGAAAAAUAGACGGUAAUAUGUUGAAGGAGGACUGAUCAUUUCUGUGGGAGCAAAAUCAUUUAAAUAUUUCUGGAUGAAUGAUCAGGUGGGAAAACUGUUGGAGGGAAAGAAAAGGAGGACAAGAUAAUUAAAGGUUGCUAGGUUGAUUUACGGCUAAAUGUUGCUUUUUUUUUUUUUCUGAAGUCACCAUGACAACCAAAGUGAAUUAUUAUUACAUCAUUCUGUCAGCAGAACAGGACGAAACAUUCCAGCAUCCACUUCAGCUAUUUCCACAAUUCCGUGUCCAGGUGCCAUAAAAUGUCUCACAUAUCUACACUUUUUAUUGAUUUACAUGCACCAGGCUUUUAUUAGGCACAUUACAUUUGGCCAUUACACUGUAACUGAGUCGUGGCAUAAUGUGGCUUAUAUUCACGGUGCAAUUCCCACGGAGCAACAUCAAGUCUUGAAUCACAAAGACUUUUCGGUUUUUUUUCAUAUGAAAUCAUGGUAGUUAUUCUCUCAAAACCUGCUAAUUCUCUUGACUGAGCCAUUAGCACUGAAUGACCACUAUUGAGCAAGUCUUGCACUGGAUAAACAUGUAGCAUCCAUAUUACAUUGACUAAUUUGGAAAUAUCAUGUAAUAACUUGUAGCAAAGCAGGACCUGGAACACAGUCUUGCCAAGUUUAUCAGAAACUGCAAAGCUCCUGUAUGAUGUCAAGAUUUUAGAUAACCAGCAGCGAGGCAGACAAAAGGCAGAAUGUGAGGCUUUUGAAUGGGACUUUAUCUUUUAUACUCUUUCGUGGUUUUCUCAUUGCAUUUUUAAAAAAGAGAUCUGUAUUUUUAUGGAGACUUAAAAUAUUGGAUUGAUGUGCAUGGCAUUACCAUAAUCCAGUUCAUAAUUUUUUUUUUAAUUGCUGAAUAUACGACAGUGAAAUACACAAAAUUCUUUGUCCAUGCAGAAUUUGUUGUCAACAACACUACCAAGAUGGUUACAGCGUCUAAAGGAGUACUUUUGGAACACUAGGCACAGGGGGUAAAUUGGCACCUCUCCAGUACCAAUCAACACUCCGCACUUGGUCCAUACAGGGACUUGAACUUGAACCCUCCGGUUCCCAGGCCUGGUCCCUACUGCUGCUCCAGAGCCAAUGCAUCAGUGAAUCUGACAGAUGACAAGUGUCACACAUGAACUCUGCCUUGUCACUACAUGAAGCACCUUUCACAGAGGAAGAUAUUAAAAAGACACUAUGAGCUCUUGCACAAUAGAAACUGGGUAUUUGCUGUAACCUGUCUUUUACAGCACAAAAUGGUUAUACUUUGUUUAAAAAUUCUACCGAAAUGUCUGUGAUAUACUGAGAACCUUGUACUGUUUUACCAUGAUUUUUGUUUUUAUUGGACUAAUAGCCAGCAUUACCAGUACAUUUUUUAUCAAUAAACUACUAACAGAAACUAAACAAAAAAAGUCACCAUGUGAAAAUCUUUAUGUAUGAAAACCUGCAGAUCUUGGUUAUUACCUUAGGGUUGCUGAUGUAUAGCCUACUAACACUGAGGGUUAGAGAGAUAAUAAAUAUUCUUACUUAAUCAUUUAAAAACAGUUAUGAACAACCUCUACUUCAAGGUAUGUUAUUUUUCUUAUUUCCUCAAUAAACUUGUUUUUAUGGAGUUUCAA